AGUCACCAGCUGGUUUCAGCUUUCGCAUCUCUUCAUGGUCACACUUCCGAACUUCCGCGCUGGCCGCCACCUCAUCGAGCCCCCUCUGCGAUGGCCAAGACCUUCCGUCGACCUCUACCUCCUUCACCACCACUGCUGGCCUCUGUGGCUUUCGUUUGCCGCCAGUGGCCGCGCAUCGAAGCGCUGGACCACGUCACGCGCGAGCUUGAUGCGCUGCUGGACAAUUCGCAGCUCUGGACGCUGGCCGAGGCGUGCGGCGCCGGCCACGAGCACCUAGUGGAGCGAAUCACCGCCCGAAACACGGCCAAGAUCCAGAGCAUGGGGAAGCUGCAGUGCCAGGCGCUGGCCACCUCGACCAUGGCGUCGGCUGCAGCGGGCGGCCACAUAGCAGUGCUGCGUCGGCUGGCCGCACUCUUCCCGCGCUCCCGUGUGACCAAGGCAGUGGAAGCUGCCGCCCGCAACGGCCACGUCGAGGUGCUCCAGUGGCUGCACGAGCAGCAAGACGCGCUAGGUGUAUUCUGGGGCGCACGGGAGAUGCUGGUGGCCGUACGCAAUGGCCACCUAGAGACGGCCCAGUGGCUACAUAGACACACUUCACCGCCGGAACACCAGUUCCUGAUUGACGCAGCCGCACGCAACGGCGACUUGGCCAUGAUCCAAUGGCUACACAGCGUCGGCGCGGCCGACGAAUGCACGGUGAACGCCGUGGCCAACGCGGCCGAGAACGGUCACCUCGAGACGAUCACGUGGCUCACCGAGCACUGUUUCCGCAGCGAAUGUCCUUCUAUCCGGAUGGACCAGGCCGCGGCCAAUGGCCACUUGCAAGUGAUCAACUGGCUGCAUGCAAACGGCUCGCGUUGCACGACUAACGCGAUGAACAUGGCGGCCGCGAAUGGCCACUUGGAGACAGUCAAGUGGCUCCAUGAAAACAGAACUGAAGGCUGCGAGCGCUCUGCGAUGGACCAAGCAGCGGUGAACGGCCACUUAGACGUCGUACAAUGGCUGCACGCGAAUCGGAUGGAAGGCUGCACUACGAUCGCGAUGAAUGGGGCCGCACGACGAGGCUUCUUCGACGUCGUCAAGUGGUUGCACGCCAACCGCAACGAAGGCUGCACUACCAAGGCCAUGGACAACUCCGCGAUGAAUGGCCACCUCGAGAUCGUGCAGUGGUUGCACCAGCAUAGAACCGAAGGGUGCACCACCGCUGCUGUGGACCAGGCCGCUGCCUACGGACACCUAGAGACGGUCAAAUGGCUUCAUGAACACCGUACUGAAGGAUGUACCACAUCGGCCAUGGACGACGCUGCGCUGAAUGGCCACUUGCAUGUGGUGCAGUGGCUACAUGAAAACCGAGAAGAAGGAUGCUCGACUGCGGCCAUGGACAAUGCGGCCGCGUUCGGCCACAUGGCCGUCGUGCAGUGGCUCCACAUGAAUCGAGAGGAAGGCUGCACGGCCGAGGCCAUGGACCGCGCUGCUCGUCAAGGCCACUUCGACAUGAUCAAGUGGCUGCAUUUACACCGUGAUGAAGGCUGCAGUCUGUUCGCCAUGAACAACGCUGCUGGUGCUGGUCGACUCGAUAUCUUGCAGUGGCUGCACUCGAACUAUGGCAUGGGAUGCAACAACCGGGCGAUGGAGGCGGCCGCGUUCGGUGGCCACUUCGACAUUCUUGACUUCCUUCACCGUGAGGGACUGGCCCAGUGCACGGCCGACGUGGCCAUCAAAGCGGUGGCUGAGGGCCACUUGGAAAUCCUCGAGUGGCUCUUUCAGCACUACCCGGAGCCUAUCCCGUCGGCACGCUUGCUGCGCAUUGCAAAGCGGCACGAUCUCUAUUGCGUUGACUGGCUCGUACGGACAGGUAAGGCUGUGGACUAUGAUAUGUGGUGAACGGAGAGCGGAUAGACUUCGUUUGGCAGGAUACAUUGUGAAAAAAUUGUGAAAUAUGAUCUGCAUCGUUAAUGACUUCUAUAGAUGAUAGAAUUAGCUUUUGCAGAGUGGAUACAUUUUGUUAGAUCUGUACUCAACAACAAACCCAACACAAUCGGAGCAAGCUCAAAAAGCGUUCGUAGUUGGAA